GGGGUCAUGCCGUGUGCAGUGCGCACCCGUGCCGUGUGCAGUGCAGCCCGAUUUAGAGUUACGUAGUGUAAUCAUUGAUUUUGAUGCUUCUAGUCGUUUUCCCCGUAAGAUAGAACGGCUUGCUGUCUCUUUGAAGUACACCAUUCGUGUUAGCUAUGGCGCAUGCGCAAAUCAAAUAUCCUCGGUUCAGCCUACAACGUACUGCCAAAUGGACGCUACUCAGCUGGAUGAGAGAAUUAGAAUUUACUAUCAAGAGGGAAAACCUUUGAAGGUGAUUCUAGCGUAUUUGGCUGCGAAUCACGUUGUUCGGAGCAUGAGCUGGCUGAAGCGAAAGACUAGAGCUCUUGGUCUUCGAAGAAGAAACGGUAGCUGGGAUCUGCUAGUACUGUCUGACAUCUUGCAAGCAAUGCAGAUAGAAAUUGAGCGGUGUGGGAGAGGUGCUGGUUAUCGGUCUCUCUGGAAGAGAUUAAAGGAUUGUCAUGGGCUAGCAGUACGACGGGAUACCGUAAUGACAUUACUAUCAAUUAUGGAUCCGGAAGGAGCAAAAUCUAGGAAAGGUCGACGACUGAAGCGCAGAGUUUAUGUAAACAAGGGUCCAAAUUAUGUUUGGCAUACAGAUGGCUAUGACAAGUUUAGUUCUUUUGGGAUUUACAUACACGGUUGUAUUGAUGGGUAUGCUGUCUUUAAUUUUGUUUUGCUGUGUCAUCAAUUAGGUCACAUACUGACUUUGGACUGACAUUAAUUUUGUGUGUGCUUAUUUUGUUCUGUACAAAUCCUGUUGAAUAUAAUGUAGGUAUUCCAGAAAGAUCUCGUGGAUGAAGAUUUCCCCCACAAACAAGGAUCCAAGUGUUGUUGCUAAAUAUUUAAUAUAUAAUAUCUUGAUGUUGUUAGAGAUAUUGGAGGUAUGUCACUUACAUUUUUAUUGUGUGAAUACUUUCUUACUGGAACGUUUCUGUAGCACAACACUGUUACUAGUAUUUCUUAUGCUUAAUAAAUUUAUUGACAUAGUAGCAUUGUUUUGUAUUUGGUUACUUACAUCUGUUUAUUUUCUUUGAACAUGUUUGAGGUGUUUUAUAUAUACUAAUAUUUUAUGAUUUGCAUAGGAAUAAUGCAAACUAGUUGUUGUAAUGUUUCAUUUUUCUGGAUAGGAUGCCCUACAGUGCUUAGAUCUGAUCAUGGCACUGAGAAUUGUCAUCUAGCUACUGCACAAAUUACUUUUUGCUUCUAUGGUACUGAUGCUUUACCUGGUGACAGAAGCUUUCGUUAUGGAAAUCUACUACAAACACAAGAAUAGAAGGAUUAUGGUCCCAGCUGCGAACGCAAAUGACUGACAAGCGGAUACUAUUGUUUCAGCAACUGUCGGAAGAAGGCUGGAUAUACUCAAAUGAUAACACAAACAUGACAUGUUUUUGGUUUGUGUUCACUCAAGCUAUGGAGGCAGGGUUAGACUAUUUUACUCAUUGGUGGAAUACGCAUCACAUGCGAAAAACACACACAGCUAGCUGUCCUGGUGGAGUACCAGAAGAUAUUUUUGCUCUUCCUCAGCUUAC